AUUAACAAUUGAUUUAUUAACUUAAUAAAUAAACUAAAACAACAACAAUAAAAAUUUUAAGAGGUUAUGUUAGUAACACUAUUUUGUUAAAAUGGGAAAAAAAUUAUUUGUAACAGUUGGAACAACAAAAUUUAAUAAACUAAUAGAAAAAAUAAAUGACAAUAAAACACUGAAGGUGCUGAAUAAAAUUGGCUACAGUCAGCUGUUAUUACAAAUUGGUAAUUCAACACUUGAGCCAAAUUGUAAUGCACGUUGUGGUUUUGAUAAAAUUGAUUAUUAUCAUUUAAAAUCAUCAAUUCAAGAUGACAUUAAAUGGGCUGAUUUAGUUAUAAGUCAUGCUGGUGCUGGUAGUUGUUUAGAAACAUUGGAACAUGGUAAAUCACUUGUUGUUGUUACAAAUGAAUUAUUAAUGGACAAUCAUCAAUUAGAACUAGCUGAACAAUUAUCAAAUGAUCAUCAUUUGUAUCAUUGUACCUGUGAUGAAUUAUUAAAUACACUUGAAACAAUGGAUCUUAAUAAACUUGUACCAUUUGAUAAUGAUAAAAGUCUUAAAAUUGCAAGAACAAUUGAUAAAAUUAUGGGCUUUGAUUGAUCAACAAUUUUCAUUUAUUUACUCUUUUAUUUCAACAUUACUUACAAGUUAUUUUAUAUAUUUUAAUAAACAGUACAUAUUAAUAUGAUCUGUAAUUUUUUUCUUUAAAUUAUUAAUCUCUGGUAAUGUUUAUGUGCAAGUAUUUUUAGCAACCUUGUUAAUUAAACUUUCAAUAUUAAAAAAAAACAAAAAUUGGUAAUAAUAAAAAGCAUUAAAUUGUUGAUAAUAAAUUAUUUCACAAACUGAAUCAUGUACAUUUUUAUUAACAAUUAGAAUUUUAACUUGUCAUAAGACAUUAUAAUAUUUUGUUAAAUUGUUUUUAUCUUUUUGCAAUUUUAAAUACAGAUAAGAGACAUGUUUUUUUUUUUUUUUUGUUUUAUUAAUUUAAAGGGAUAUAAUAGGGAGACAAAAAGCUACAUGAUUUCAGAGUGAAAGUCUUGUUUUUCAUUUUUUUUUUUUCUUCAAAUUUCUUUAUGUUAUUAUAAUAAUUGUUUUUUUUUUUCUUGUUUUAUUGAAAAAUUUUAUUAAUUUUUUUUUUUUUUAAUUCGAGUGAAGACCAAGACGAGUCAUUUCUUUUAAUAA